AUGAACAGCGACGGUUACCUCAACAGCAACAGCCCCGUUAGCCCUCAACAUCUCAAGAAGCACUUGCGGGCUUUCCUUCGCCUUAUCAACAAGCAGCACAAGCGCAACCUUGUUGAUGAUGACGACCUUCGCCGACGCGCCAGCCAGGCCGAAUAUGAGCUGGGAAAGAACAAGUACGAGAUAGGACUUGCCUUCAAGGAGUACGGCCUCAUCAUUGAGGAGCAGAAGGAGUUGCGCGAGGAAGUCAAGGAGCUGCGCGAGGAAGCCAAGGAGCUCCGCGCGGAAGGUGCCGAUAAGGAUGCGAAGCUUAAGCAGAAGGAGCUCGAGAUUGAGGAGAUGAAACUGGCGCUGGCUCGUUCUGAUGGAGUCGACUUGGAUGAGGGCGAUGUCUUCGACGAUGAGGACGACGAGUAUGGCAACUACGAGGAGGAGGUCGAGGACAAGAUCGAGAACGAGGACGAGGACGAGAAUGAGAGCGAGGGCGUUGUUUGA